AUGGAGCAGCGCCUGGAUGCCGAUGAGCUGUUUGGGCCAGAAGACUCGGACGACGACGUCCUGGUGGAGGAGGACCCUGGACACCAAAACGAGGCUGCAUCAGUACUUGGAGCCCUGGGUGUUCAUGUCCGAGAUGCCCGGGAUGUGGAAAGCCGCGUGGUCGACAGCUGCGAUGCCAAGCUUCAGCUGCCAUCAAAGAUGGCCGAACUGACAAAGGUGGACCGGCAAAUUGAGGGCCUUCUGAAGAGUGCGGAGAAGAGGGAGGAUUCCAUCCCAGCGCUGCAGCAUGCGUUAGAAAAUCGAGAGGCCUUGCAGAAGGAGGUCCUGGACCUCGAGGAGCGUGUAGCCAGCGCUGCAAUCUCCGACCGGCCCCAGGAAAGCCGCAAGAUGUGGCAAAAAUUGAAGCCGCCUACGCUGACCGGCAUGGACUUGGAAGAGCAGUCAGCACUGGAGAAGGCAGGAAAGCGUCCCGCCGUUGCUGCUGCUUACGCUGCAGUGGAGCACGUGGGGCGGUCUUCUUCCUCUUCAAGCUCCGGGCUGCAAAGGGCAGCUUCUGGUCAGAUCCAGCAGCGCCCAAAUGCGCAGAAUGCUCCUGAGAAACGCAAACAAAGCCAGGGUCCACCUGGGGCCGCGGCCAGGACCGCGCCCCAGCUCCCCUUGGCUGACACGCAGCCAAGGGACAAGAAAGCCUUUGACUGGGAUGCAGUGGAGCCCAAAGAGGAGGAGGGCAAUCGAGCAGAGAUCCCGGCAGUCGUGUCCCUGCCCCGUGGGCAGAUCGAUGUCAAUCGACUGAAACCACGUGCUGCUCAAACCCAUAGCGUUUGGAAAGAAAACAACCCUGCAGAAUGGCAAGCCAUGCAGAAGCAGGGAGAACUGGUGUCUCCCAAUGAAAAUCUUUUGCGCAAGCGUAUCCCGGGUGCUAAGCGAAAGAACGACGCAGCACCCGCUGAAGCAAAGAAAGCUCGCCGGGAUGACGUAAAUGAAAGCGUCUAUCAGCGGAGACAGGAGAGGUUUAACCCUGGCAAAUCUGCUUCAGUCUCCUUAGUGCCAAAGCAGCAGUUAGACGAGAGCGGGGUAGCUGUUUGCAAGCCCGAUCCAGAGAGCAAGGCUCGUGCAGCUGGGAUGCAAGAAGACAUCCAGGUGUGCGAAGGUCUGCGUAGUCCCAAGUGGCUCUGGCAAGCGCUGUAUCCUUACCAGCAACGCUGUGUUCAGUGGCUAUGGGGCCUGCAUCGAGAUAAGAUGGGAGGUAUUUUGGCUGAUGAGAUGGGCCUGGGAAAGACAGUGCAGAUCAUUGCAUAUUUGGCGGUGCUGCAUCACUCUGGGGUGCUGCAGAACAUGAAGGUGCAGAACACCUCUUUGGGGGCUGCAAGUGCUCCAAGCACUGGGGGAGUCCUGAUAGUUUGUCCUGCCACGCUCAUCAGCCAGUGGAGGAAUGAGAUUCACCUGUGGUACCCGCCGCUGCGCGUUUGCGUGAUGCAUCAGCUGAACGAGGAGGACCGGAAAGAAUCUAUCAAGCAGGCCAGUUCCCACCAAGGGGUCCUCAUCACAUCAUAUGAGACGAUGCGGAUUGCGAUCGAUGCCUUGCUGGAAGCGACCUGGGUCUUGGUCAUCCUUGACGAAGGUCAGAAGAUCCGAAACCCGCAUGCCAGCAUCACCAUCGCAUGCAAAAGGUUUAGCACUGCCCACCGGAUCUUGCUGUCUGGCUCUCCGAUCCAGAAUAACCUCCAAGAGCUCUGGUCGCUGUUUGACUUUGUCUGUCCUGGCCGCUUGGGCACACUUCCUGUCUUCACAGAGGAGUUCGCACAGCCGAUCGAGAAUGGAAACCUGAUGGGCGCGACUGAGGUCAAGAUAGCCGCAGCUUACCAAUGUGCACUAGCUCUUCGGGAGCUGACGGAGCCAUGUAUCCUUCGGCGGACUAAGGCUGAAUGCAUGGAUGUGCUGAAGUUGCCCACGAAGCAGGAGCAGGUGCUCUUCUGCCACCUCACUGCCGAGCAGUAUCACCUCUAUGUUCAAUUCCUUGAGACGGAGCAGGCUCGAAGGGCAAAGGCGGCCUCAACGGACAGGAAGGCCCUUGGUGCCGUCUUCUUCGCCCUUAGCGUUCUCCGGAAGCUGUGCAAUCACCCAGAUCUUCUCUUGAACAGUCAUGAGGACAAGGACGAGAACGGGGAGGAGCUCUGGAGUUUUCAGAAGUCUGGCAAGAUGAAGGUCUUGGCAGAAAUUCUCAAGCUGUGGCAUCGCGAUGGGCACCGCGUCCUGAUCUUUGUGCAGACUGUGCAGAUGCUGGAGAUUCUGGAGUUGUGGAUGAGCCGGGUCGGCUACACACAUUCGCGGAUAGAUGGCAAGACUCCCGUCAAGCGCCGCUUGAAGCUUAUUGAAGACUUCAAUGAGAAGAACGAUCUCUUUGCAAUGCUUCUGACCACACGCGUGGGAGGGGUUGGCUUGAACAUCAUUGGAGCGGACAGGGUCUUGAUCUUCGAUCCAGAUUGGAACCCGAUGACUGAUGUGCAGGCACGCGAGCGCGCCUGGCGCAUCGGUCAGAAGAAGGAGGUGUCCGUCUACAGACUGGUGCUUACUGGCACCGUGGAAGAGAAGAUCUACCAUCGCCAAGUCUACAAGCACUUCUUGGCGCAGAAGGUGCUUCAGGAUCCCCGCCAGAGGCGCUUCUUCAAGUGGAAUGACAUUUCGGACCUUUUCGAGGUGCCUCCGCCGCCGCCAAACGUGACAAAGAUGGAUGUCCUGGCACUCAAGAAGAAGUAUCAAUCAGCCUUUGGCAAGCUCGACAAGUUUGGGGACGUGGGCGAAUUCGAGGUUGAAACAACUGAGAUCAUGAAGGCAGUUUCAGACCUGCCCAUGAAGGAGCAGCAUAACACCAGCAAGAGCACCAAGGAUGAGAGCAAUGCAAUCCUCCAGACGCUGUACGACGCGCAAGGGAUUAAGGCCAGCUUUAACCAUGAUAAAGUGGAGCAGACGUUGCUGGAUCGAAAACUUGUGGGGCAGAGCGCCAACCUCGUUGCCCAGCGUGCUCUCGACGCCCUGAAGCGCUCCUCACGCGAGCGCUCAGCGCAUCACAUCAGUGAGCCAACCUGGACCGGACAGCGGGGUCGAGCGGGGGCUACGGUCAAGCAGGAGCGCGAAGAGAAGAUUAAGAUGUCCAAGGUGCCAGCCAGCACUCGCACCGCGUCAGCAGACAUCCUCCAAGGCCUGCGGCAGCUUGCAGCCAUCCGGGGCAUGGCUGCCGGUAAGGAGCCCCCACCAAGUGGCACGGCGCCUGAGGUACCGAAGGCUUUGGAAGAUUCGAACUGCAGUGGCUUGCCUCUGGAGCUCUUUGACUCUGACAGGAGCAUCGCGGAGGAUAUACUGAAGGUUUUUCAGGACAAGAGCGUGGCGGGCGCUGGCCAUUCUCUGACUACUGGGCAGGUCUUGGAGAAGUUAGCCGUCAAAAUUGCUUCUCACCACAACGACCUCUUCAAGUCCUUGCUCAAGCAGAUGUGCGUUCUCACAAGGUCCAAGAGCAAGAACAGUCCUGGAUACUGGACACUCCGCAAAGAGUUCUGGCCACGAAGAUGA